AUGGCGCUGCCCAAGCCGGCCGAGCCCCCCGCCGGGGGUCCCAGGACGCCCUCCAGCCUGCUGGACAUCGGGGCGCUCUGCCUGGACUCGGACAUCAUCCUGGGGUUCACCAGCCACCUUCUGCGGAGGAGAGCCAAGGUGGCCGAGGGCGGCCCCGGCAGGACCGGACCCGGCGAGGAGCGUUGCGGUAGCCGGCCCGCCCCCGAGGGCGCCGGGCCCGGGGCCGGACAGGGCGGCGAGCCUGCCCACUGCGAGCAGGCCGGGAGAGGAGGCUGGUGCCACCACUGCCAGACCAAGCUCACCGAGCUCAAGAGACAAGCCUGGAAGCUGGUCAGCGGGCCCGGGACGCCUCUCCUGGAUCCCAGAUUAUCAGCUUUGAUUCUGGACAAAGUCCACAUGGCCGGAGCCCUGCAGGAGACGAGGCCAGAGGGCGAGACCCGAUGCGACGUAUGUGCGGCUCACCUGAACCAGCUGAAGCAGGAGGCCAUUCGGACCAUCCAGGGCCCCUCGCCGGGCGGCCCCGGAACCCGAACGGUCAUUCAGAGCGGGGUGCCACCCACCACCCCCUCACAGCGGGCCCCAGCUCUGCCGUCGGGCCAGGCCGGGAGGCUCCUCACCGGGCCGGAGAGGCACAAGGGCGGCACGUGGGCGGCGGGGCCCGGGGCGUUCCCCGGUCCCAGUGUGCAGGUGACUGUAGGGACCGGCGGACUUGGGGGCGCGCUGAGUUCGGUGACGAUCCAGGCCCAGCAGUACCUAGAGGGCAUGUGGAGCCUGUCGAGGUCCAACGGCUUCCUCCCUGCUGCGUGUCUAGCAGAUGCUUCAGCGGAGAGGGACCGAGAUGGUUCCCAGGGCCAACCGCCCUCUGGACCGCGCCCCUGCAACCACAAUGGAUCCUGCGCUGCCUUGAACUCGCAGGCCCUGAUGGCACCCUCUGGGGUGUCCCCGGGGGCCUCGGCCGCAGCCUCGUUCUUCAUCAGAGCGGCCCAGAAGCUCAACCUGUCCUCGAAGCGGAAAAAGUACCCCCCACCCCUGGCCCCAGCCCACGAGGCCUCGGUCUAUGGAACCAACUUCAGUGGUGUCCUGCAGCUCUGCCCACCUCCAGCGCCGCCCUGCCUGCUCAGGGCCGUAUCCAAGAUGAAGGACACUCCGGGCAUUGGAAAGGUAAAGGUGAUGGUGAGGAUCUGCCCUUCUGAAGGAGCGGCCAACUCGUCCGAGUCCAUGUCCUUCCUGAAGGUGGAUCCCCGGCGGAAGCAGAUCACCCUCUCCGAGCCAGCGGCCAAUGGGCCUUCCGGAGCCGGACCCCGGAGGACCGCGGCCAUCACCGCCGUCCCAAAGAUGUUUGCCUUCGAUGCUGUGUUUCCUCAGGACGCAUCUCAGGCCGAGGUGUGCUCGGGCACGGUGGCCGAAGUCAUCCAGUCUGUCGUGAACGGGGCCGACGGCUGCAUCUUCUGCUUCGGCCAGGUCAAGCUCGGUAAAUCCUACACCAUGUUCGGGAGAGAUGCCUCCACCCAGACCCUGGGUAUCGUGCCCUGUGCCAUCUCCUGGCUCUUCAAGCUGACCCACGAGCGCAAGGAGAAGACUGGGGCCCGUUUUUCCAUCCGUGUCUCCGCCGUGGAGAUCAGUGGCAAAGACGAAACCCUGAAGGACUUGUUGGCGGACGUCGCCAGUGGCAGUCUGCAGGAUGGCCAGUGCCCGGGGGUCUACCUCCGCGAGGACCCCGUCUGUGGGACGCAGCUCCAAAACCAAAGCGAGCUCCGGGCCCCGACGGCAGAGAAGGCCGCUCUGUUCCUGGACGCUGCACUGGCCGCCCGGAGCACCAGCCGACCAGACUGUGAUGAGGAGGACAGGAGGAACUCUCACAUGCUCUUCACCCUCCAUAUCUACCAGUACCGCAUGGAGAAAAACAGCAAAGGAGGAAUGUCUGGGGGCCGCAGCCGCUUGCAUCUCAUCGACCUGGGCAGCUGUGAGAAAGUGCUGAGCAAGAGUCGAGACCCCGGAGGCUCCCUGUGCCUGUCUCUGUCCGCCCUGGGCAACGUCAUCUUGGCCUUGAUCAACGGGGCUAAACAUGUGCCAUACAAGGACAACAAGCUGACGAUGCUGCUGCGAGAAUCUCUGGGAAACAUCAACUGCCGGACCACCAUGAUCGCUCACCUCUCUGACUCCCCCGCCCUCUACGCCGAGACCCUCACCACCGCGCAGCUCGCCUCACGCAUCCACCGGCUCAGGAAGAAGAAAUCCAAGUCGGCGUCCAGCUCUUCGGGCGGGGAGAGUUCCUGCGAGGAAGGCCGUGUCCGCCGGCCCCCGCACCUCAGGCCCUUCCACGCUCGGGCGGUGACCCUGGACCCCGGCCUCCCGGCGCUGACCCUCUCCGGCGACCCAGACUACUCUUCCAGCAGCGAGCAGUCCUGCGACACCGUCAUCUACGUGGGGCCCGGCGGGGCGGCCCUGUCCGACCGCGAGCUCACGGACAACGAGGGCCCUCCGGACUUCGUGCCCAUCAUCCCCUCGCUCAACCGGAAGAGGAGCCGGGACCCCCCGCCUCCGCCACGCUCCGACCGGGACCACUUCAAAUGCAACACGUUUGCCGAGCUGCAGGAGCGGCUGGAGUGCAUCGACGGCAGCGAGGAGCCGGCGGCGUUCGCCGGGGCCGGAGAGACGUCCGUCCCCUCUCCUCUGGCUGCCGGGAGGAGGCCCGGGACGGCAUCUCCCAAGAAGGGGCCCGGGUCGCACCCUGCCACCCCCCGGCCCUGCGGGGGCCCUGAGUCGGGGCCGUCCAAGGGAGAGUGGAGGAAGGUGGACUCCGGCCCGGAGGGGACAGGAGAAAAUGGGGUGACCGGGGGUCUGAUCGCUCUGGAACUGAAGGACAGAGCGUCCUGCGGGCGGGGCCCCCCGCCCGGCCCGGGCCCCCCGCCCCCCCCGCAGAAGGACGCGGGCUUGCCUGAGGAUACGUCACCGGAGGCCGACGGCGGUGGCGGCGGUCCGGUCCGGACCCCACCCGUGGGCAUGAGCCAGCAGCCCCUUGGUCAGCAGGCGAGAGGACGAGGCGCGGAGCCGUCCGCGGCCGGGGCCGUCGAUGUCCGCAGCCUGCGCGGGGCGAGCCUGGACCGGGACAUCCUGACCACCACGGUGACGCUGCAACAGCCGGUGGAGCUGAAUGGCGAGGACGAGCUGGUGUUCACCCUGGUGGAGGAGUUGUCCAUCCGAAGCCUGGUGUCCAGCCGCCGGCCCGCCAGCCUCAUCAGCUUCAGCAGCGACUGCUCGCUGCAGGCGCUGGCCUCGGGCUCCAGGCCGGUCAGCAUCAUCAGCAGCAUCAACGACGAGUUCGACGCCUACACGGCGCAGGCCGCCGCGGCCACCGCCGGGACCAGUCUGGACAUCGAGGUCUCCGUCGGGGUCGGGGGCAGCCGGCGUUCCUCCAUCAGCUCCUGGCUGAGUGACGUCAGCCUCGGCCCAGGCCCGGCGGGGGAGGCUCGGGGGUCCUCGGGCUGCCCCCAGCUCGAGGGUCCUCUCACGCAGGGCCCGUCCGGCAGUCCCCUGACCCCGGAAUGCUCGCCCACAGAUGACCGUAGCCUGUGCACCCUCGAGCCGGGCGCGGAGGGCCCUGGGACCCUACCUUCCCCCGUGCGGACCCCAGGGAGAAUCCCGUGUGGGCCCCCGCACAGUGGGAGCCUCCACCGCAGCCUCCCACGCGGGGCUCCCCUCUCCCCCGACGGCCCAUUUGGGGACCCGUGGCUGGCUCGGGAGGACGACUCGGGGGACGGCGCAGGCGCCGGCCGCAGGGCUCGGGGGGAGGGCGGGGGUGGCGCCCGCCGGAUGGCCUGCUCCCCGCUGGUCUCUGCUGGACCGCAGAGGGUCGUGGAUGGCUGCGAGACGUCAGGCCGGGCCGCCGCGGGGGAACCGGGGUCAGCGGGGCCGGGGGUCGGCCUCCAACACGGGCAGAGGGCCGGGCCGCCCCAGGACCGGGGAGCCUGCCCGAUCUGGGGGGCCGGAGCGGAGGCGGAUGCCACCUGGGCCGCCGGCAGCCCACGGGGGUCCGGGGCCAAGAGGAACGGCCGCCAGAAGACCAGCCUCCUUCCGCGACCCGGCGGGACCGGACCACCCGCCCCGCCCGUCCGCAAGUCCAGCCUGGAACCCAAGCCUGGGUCAGCUGAGCCCCCCCGGGCGACGGCCCCCGGCCCCUGGGCGGAGGAAGAGGUCGACGUGCGACCCCGGGCUGGGGCCGGUGACCUCAAGGGCCCGAGGGCCACUUCGAGUCUGAAGGGGCGGACGGCCCGGAGCGAGUCCGCCCUCCCGCCGCGUGGCGGGGGCUCCACCCCGGCCCUGGAACGCUGCGACAGCCUGUUGUCCCUCGGGGGCCGGGCCCGGCCCGGCCCCAAGCUACCUUCUGCCGGCGGCAAGAGCCGCAGCCUUCCCGCCGGCGGGGCCAGGACCCUCGGACCCGCGGCCAAGCCGCCGGUGCCGUCGGGGGGCAAGAGCCCCGGGACGCCUCCGGGCGGGAAGGGCUGUGGCGGCAAGCCGGGCCGGGGCACCGUGAUGGGCACCAGGCAGGCCCUGAGGGCGGCCCACAGCCGGGUGAACGAGCUGGCCUCGGGUGCCGGCGGGCGGGGUGAGCUCACCCUGCCCUCGCCCUACAGCAAGAUCACGGCGCCCCGCCGCCCGCAGCGCCACAGCAGCGGGCACGGCAGCGACAACAGCAGCGUGCUGAGCGGCGAGCUGCCCCCGGCCAUGGGCAGGACCGCGCUCUUCUAUCACAGCGGCGGCAGCAGCGGCUACGAGAGCAUGAUCCGGGACAGCGAGACCACCGGCAGUGCCUCCUCCACCCACGACUCCAUGAGCGAGAGCGGCCUGUCCUCCACCGGACGGGUCCGCAGCCUCAAGUCACCUAAGAAGAGGUCCACAGGUCUCCAGAGGAGAAGGCUGAUCCCCGCCCCCUUGCCCGAUGCGGCCACCUUGGGGAGGAAACCGAGCCUCACCGGCCAGUGGGUGGACCUACCCCCCCUGCCAGGGACUCUGAAGGAGCCAUUUGAGAUCAAGGUCUAUGAGAUUGAUGACGUGGAACGCUUACAACGGCACAGACAGGACGAGCCUGAGCCCUUCCAGGAUGUCGAGAAGGGCCUGAUGUACUUCAACACGAAGCUGAAAUUGCUGGAGAGGCGGCAGCAGAAGAUCCGGGAAGUGAAAGCCAAGCACGACGUCCUCAAGGAGGAGCUCGAGGAGACCAAGGGCCGGCUGAUGAUCGACCCCAACAAGUGGAAGAAGGAGUUCGAGGUGGACCCCGACCUGGAUAAGGAGUCUCAAGAGUACCUGGAGGCGCUGGAGCUCGUGACGGAGGAGCUGGAGCAGUGCGUGAACUUGUGCAAGUCCCACGUCAUGAUCGUCACUUGCUUUGACAUUGGUGUGGUGGACGCCCAGGAGGUGGAAGUCUGAGGAUGGUUGGGAUGCGGGACAGGGGAAGGGGCGGGAUGUCCCGUAGCCCCGGUGUUUCUGUGAAGAGGAGGAAGAGGAGGAGGAGGUGCAACAGGGGAAGGCUGGAUGUGAAGUUGGGAGAGAAAUGAGGUGGGAACGAUGGGGCGGGAGGGAGGCGUUGGAGGACUGGGAGGUCGGGAAUGUUUCUCAGUGGACGUGGGUGACCAGUGGGCUGAGCAGCGGGUUGGGGAUGGGGACGGGUGAGCUACGUCGGACAGAAGGACACCGGGAAUCUGAGAACAGACGGGGACAUUGAAACAGCCGCAAUCAAAGUGCCUUUUAAGAAGCAUUCGAUUUUAAAGAAUUUUCCUUUUGUAUUUGGUGCUAGAAUUAAAGCCAGCAGACCGUCAAAUGUAUUCCUAUGAACUAUUUUCUACUGUAUAGUGUAUUUAUGACUAUAUGUAAAAACAUUGUAGCGAGAGCAAUAACUAAAUUAUGUUUUCAUACCUGAACUUGCCUUCUUGUUUCAUAGGAAAGCUGUUUUAUGUAGCAGAACUAAAAUUGUAUUAUAACUGUUGUCUUUGGUUAGGAGUGGAGAUAUUUUUAUGGACAUUUUAUCUACUGAGAAGGUGUUUUAUGAACUUUCAGUCCGAUUGCUGUUCCGCCCGGUUUUUUAUAUUCUUCCUUUUCCAGACCAAAAUAAAGAUUGCUUUUCUGGGUUUUGAUAGAGAUGGCUACAAACUGUUCUCCUCCUUGGUUUAGGGACCCUCAUUCACCACAAGCCUAGUAUUUCUGAUGUUUAGGCCUGAACUUCCUUCAGCUGUGAGAAUCAAUGUUCAAAUUUUGUACCAAAAUCACUGAGUAAAGACAGGGGCUGCCGGUCGGGGAAAGGAGAGAAGAGAAUUUUGCAAACGUUUCGUGACUUGCAUAUUUUUCUAAGGUUUUCACAGCCAUGGCGGGAUUUGCAUUAAAAACUCUGUGGCUAAAAUAGUCGAUCUCUUUGCGGUUUUUCUAAGGAAGACAGACCCUCAGGAUUCCACUUGGACAUGCUGCAUGAGAGUUGUGUUUUUUGAAGGCGGGGGCAGCCUGGCGGAGUCUCCCCGCUGAUACAUUGUUGCCAAACAGAUCCUUCUGUGACAUUGAGUAGGAGAUGGACAAGCAUAUACCAAAUCAUAUUUUCUGAUCGUCUCGCUUUAUAUGGUUUUUCUGAAACCUUUGUAUAAAUGUGUAUUAUAAAGGCUUGCUCCAGCUUUUACCUGUGAAUAAAAGAUUCAUCUAUUGUU